UUCCAUGACAGUUUUGGGAUGAUAUCAUAAGUCAUCCAACAUUGAAACUUGUGUGUGCUACGGUAGUUAUCACAGAAAAAUGUGGAAGAUAAUAGCAUGUGUUGCCUUACUAGCUUUAGUGAAGAGUAGUCCAGUGGAAUAUGGAAUUGGUGAAAAUAUCGUUGGUGCCGUUUCGGAAUGUGUAGACAACGACACAUCAUUGUGUUUAAAGGAAAAAGCGUUGAAAGUUACUGAAAAAUUAGCUAUAACGAAAGAUGUGAGCAUCCUCGAUGGAUUGACCUUAGUCAACACAGGAUCGGCAAGAUCGGCUAGGAGUUACGAACAGUUGUCUGCAGAUCCCAAAGAGAGGGAAUCUCAACUGGAAGAGAGAAUUGUAAACAAUGUUGGUGACUUUUUGGACAACCACGUACUUCAGUUGCGGCUGUCUGACGAUUAUGAAGAGUCACGAGGAUUGGAUGAAGAAGGCCGUGGAAAGAAGAAGAACAAGAAGAAGCUCAAGCAGCUUUUGCCAAUUCUUCUCCUCUUGAAAUUGAAGAUGGCUGCUCUCAUUCCUCUCUUCCUUGGGAUCAUUGCAUUUGUCGCUGUCAAAGCUGUGUUCCUCGGAAAAAUCGCAUUCGCCGUCCAAGCCGUUUCUCUUAUCCGAAGACUUUUAUCCAAAAACAACCAAUCCUCUGGAAACGCCAUUUCAUACUCUCCAGCUCAUGCUGAGGAGCAUCCAGGCUACUCUUACGAACCAGCUGGAUCUGGGGGCUGGAGCAGGAAGGUCAACGAUGCCCAAAGCAUGGCAUACGCCGGUCAAUUAACAAACUAGAUUGUAAUUGUGUGAAUGUGUGUCUGUAUUUAUUGCGUGUUGUAUGAGUACCUCAAACUAAGUUAUAAUAAUAAAUUAUUUCAUUUA